AUGGCCCCGGAGAGGGACCUUCAUAAGUUUCCAAAAGGAGAACGAUGUGAAUUUUGCGGUUCCCGCAAAUGGUAUCUCGAAAAUGGUUUGAGAUUCUGCGCCAAGGAAGGCCACCAGCUUCAAGGAUAUGUUGAAUUUGACCUUGGCGAUGAGGAUUUCGGCCAGAAGGGUCGCGUGGCUCGGAAGGAGAAGCAGAUCAAGGAGCGCAUCAGACGAGUGCUCACCGGCCAGCAAGCACGAGAUUUGUAUCUUGAGUGCCUGCAGCUCAUCCUCAGAGAGCAGGUAAUAUGGCUGGUCACCACAAAGGAACAUAAGCCGGAACUAGAGACGACUGUCCGCGAUCUUUGGGAUCUUCGCAUCUCCGGAGCUGCGACAGCUGUUCAGGAUGACUCGGCCUCGGAGGGAGAGCCCUCGCUAUUCAGCUCGCAACUCGACCUCGCCCAGGAUGAGGAGCACCAGUCUCGGAACCGACGAGCACAAAGAUGGACAGGAGAGAAUGGGAGCGAGUGGCCGGCACCCCGAAUGAUUGACACACUAGGCCUUUGCUUCCUGGGGUGCAUGUUGCUGAGAAUACCCACGCGUAUUGGUGAUCUUUGCAAGUGGGCGAGAGGGGGGAGCAUCCCGUACAAAGAAGCUUAUCGCCAGCUACCUCAGGAGAUGCGUGAUCGAUUGCCAACUUGGUAUACAACACCGCUGAAGUCGACAAACCUAGCUGCCUUCGAGAAUGGAGAACUGCACGCUUCAGUCAUGAAUUUGGCUUUGUCGUAUCAUCUCAAUUACGGCAUGAUCUUCCCACCGCUCAACGAUGUCCUGAUGACAUUACAGUAUGCACGCGAGCUGGGCCUGCCUAUUGAGACGGUGGCGAUUGCGCGCCGCGUUCCACCCAUCGCCAACUUAACCUUCAGUUUUCCACUGGAGAAGACCCGAAUCCGUCUCAUAAACCAACCAGAAGUUCUCCUGGUCACCAUCCUUGUCCUUGCUGCGAUGCACUGCUUCCCACUCGAGGACAACGUGCCAGCUCCCCAGGACGAGAACAACUUCAUCGUGCCUAAGCUUGACUGGAAAGAAUGGAAGAGGAUAAUGACUCCAGCCUUGGCUCCAGAUGAAGCUACAUCUACCGUUGACUACACAGGCGUUACGGCGUCUCAGAUCACAUCAAUGAGCCCGAAAGAGCUAGAUGAGUACUUUACACACCUUUCACUGCUGACUGAAGCACACACCGAAGAGAGCCUACUCGCGAGGUACUUUCCCGUCGACGAGCAAGCCCCCAAACAUACAGAGUCCGAGACAACAGGGGAUGAGAUGGCUGGAAGGCUGCGCGCUGUCCAAACACAGGCUGCAUCGUUUGUCGACUCAGAUGCACACAACAGACUUGAGGAGGAAAGUUUGCGAACCAGUCGAUAUCACUCAUACAAAUCUGAGGGAGACCUUCCUCCCAUAGGCAGGGACUUCUUUCAGCUGGCGGCGCGGCUGGCAGGGCUGUCCGUUCCAAUGUUGGUGCGAGCCGUCAAUAUGCUCGAGGGCCACAUUGUGACCUGGCAAAAGGAGCAACGCAGGGCAGCCAGCGAAAGACGUGAACGAUCGCGUUCUUUCGUUUCUAUGGAGUCGGAUACUGAGCAGCCGACAUAUACCGAAUAA